AUGGCGGACAAUCAACCCACUACCGGCGAUGCUGCCGUCGACGCUGUCGCUGCUGCCGCUGGCAAGCUGCACCUUGACGAGGUCACUGGCGAGAUGAUCUCCAAGACGGAGCUCAAGAAGCGCCAGAAGGCUCGCGAGAAGGAGGCCGCCAAGAAGGAGAAGGAGGCUGCCAACAAGGACAAGAAGCCCGCGCAGGCUGCUGGCAACAAGAACGCCGAGGCUGCCGAGAAGGAGCUCACCCCGAACCAGUACUUCGAGAUCCGAUCAAGAACUGUCAACGACCUCCAUGCCAAGGGCAAGGCUUACCCUCACAAGUUCCACGUCACAUAUGACAUUCGCAAGUUCGCCGAAGAGUACUCCAACCUCAAGAACGGCGAGAUGAACAAGGACAAGAUGAUUGCGCUCGCUGGUCGAGUCUACGUCCGCCGAUCAGCAGGCAGCAAGCUGUACUUUUACGACAUCCGCUCCGAGGGCACUCGACUCCAAGUCCUUGCUCAGGCUGAUAACCGUGAGGAGGGCACUCCCGACUUUGACGAGCAGCACCUCAACCUCCGCCGUGGUGAUAUCAUCGGCAUUCGAGGCUACCCUACUCGAACCAACCCCAAGAACAAGCAGGGAUCCGGCGACUUCUCUGGUGAACUCUCUAUUGCGGCUGUCGAGGUCAUUCUCCUGUCGCCAUGCUUGCACCAGAUCCCCGAUGACCACUACGGUUUCAAGAACCCCGAGCAGCGAUUCCGCCAGCGCUACCUCGAUCUCAUGAUGAACGACAACGUCCGAAACGUCUUCAUCACCCGUGCCAAGGUUGACUCUUACAUCCGCCGCUGGUUCGACGACCGGGAUUUCAUUGCCGUCCAGACCCCCAUGCUCAACGCCAUUGCCGGUGGUGCCACCGCCAAGCCCUUUAUUACUCACCACAACGAUCUCGACAUGGACAUGUACCUCCGUAUCGCUCCUGAGCUCUACCUCAAGAUGCUUGUCGUCGGCGGAUUGAACCGUGUCUAUGAGAUGGGCCGACAGUUUAGAAACGAGAGCAUGGAUCUGACUCACAACCCUGAAUUCACCACUCUGGAGUUUUAUAUGGCCUACGCCGAUUACUAUGACCUCAUGGCCAUGACCGAGGAGCUUGUUACCGGCCUGGUCAAGCACAUCCACGGCUCUUACAAGACCAAGUACCACAACAUCAAGGGUGAGGAGGUUGAGAUCAACUGGGAAGGCCCGUGGCGCCGAAUUGAAAUGAUCCCCACUUUGGAGGAGUGUGUCGGCGAAAAGUUCCCUCCUGCCGAUGAGCUUCACACCGAUGAGGCCAACCAGUUCUUCAGAAGAGUUCUCAAGAAGACUGGUGUUGAGUGCAACCCUCCUCUGACCAACGCCCGUAUGCUGGACGCCCUGGUUGGAGAGUUCCUCGAGUCUCAAUGCACCAACCCAACCUUCAUCACCGGCCACCCCAAGAUGAUGUCUCCUCUCGCCAAGAGCUCUCGCAGCGUCCCCGGCCUCUGCGAGCGAUUUGAGGCUUUCGUUUGCAAGAAGGAAAUCGUCAACGCCUACACCGAGUUGAACGUCGCCCUUGAGCAGCGUGAGCGAUUCGAAGAGCAGGCCCGACAGAAGGCCCAGGGUGAUGACGAAGCCCAGGGCGUUGACGAGACCUUCUGCAAGGCUCUCGAGCACGGUCUCCCUCCCACCGGUGGCUGGGGCAUGGGCAUUGACCGAAUGAUGAUGUUCUUGACCGACAACUACAGCAUUAGAGAAGUUUUGGCUUUCCCCACCAUGAAGCCCGAGCAGAACACUGGCUCAACAGAGAAGCCUGCUGAGGCGGCAUAG